GGGGCCUCCGAGGGCGGGGCUGGGCGCCUGUGUUUGUUGCACCGUGUCAGUUACAUUGUAACAAAAGUGCUGCCGCUCCUCCAGCUCGCACUCAGGCCCGCCCGCCACCAGCUGUCGCCGACAUGGAAUCCGUGGCCAGCAACAUCCAGGUCCUGCUGCAGGCGGCCGAGUUCCUGGAACGCCGCGAGAGAGAGGCUGAGCACGGAUACGCGUCCCUGUUCCCGCACCGAAGUCCAGGCCCCGUCCACAGAAAGAGGAAGGGAUCCCCCCAAGCUCUUGGCGCGUUGGACAGUGGGCGGUCUGUGCACAACGAGCUGGAGAAGCGCAGGAGGGCCCAGCUGAAGCAGUGCCUGGAGCAGCUGAAGCAGCAGAUGCCCCUGGGGGCUGACUGUGCCCGAUACACCACACUGAGCCUUCUGCGCCGGGCCAGGAUGCACAUCCAGAAGCUGGAGGAGCAGGAGCAGCGGGCCCAGAGGCUCAAGGAGCAGCUGCGCAGCAAGCAGCAGAGCCUGCAGCAGCAGCUGGAGCAGCUCCGGGCGCCGGUGGGGGCUGGUGAACGGGAGCGGCUGCGGGCAGAUAGCCUGGACUCCUCAGGCCUCUCCUCUGAGCGUUCGGACUCAGACCAAGAGGAGCUGGAGGUGGACGUGGAGAGCGUGGUGUUCGGGGGUGAGGCCGAGCUGCUGCGGGGCUUCAGUGCGGGCCAGGAGCACAGCUACUCACACAGCGGCGCCUGGCUAUGACCCUUGCCACCCUAGAGCGUGCCUCUGCCCUCAGACCACCCUCUGCUCCACUCAGCCGGGCAGGAGCCCUCCCCAAGCCUCAACGGCUGCUCAGUCACCUCCUGUUGGAAUGGACUAAAAGGACCUUGGCGUGGGAGCCCGUGCACCUCCUGCCCCUACGCUGGCUGCUGCAGUGCCUCCGGGGAAAGAGGGGAGGGGGCCUGGCCUCCCCUGAGCCCAGCACGACAGGCAGCUUAGGCCUGGGCCACUCUUCCAGGCCUUUUUUGUAGCACUUGGUUCUGUUGUCCCCACAGGGACAGGAGGCCUCUUGGGCCCAUCUCCACAUUUCUUCCUAGACAAGGCCCCCUGGCCUUUGCCCCAUAGAUACUGUACAGUGUUUUCAUUAAAAGGCUUUCAUCA